UCCAUGACGAAAAGCUUUUUCGGAAAAGCAAUAUGGAAUAUAUAUGGAUUCGAUAGCCUGGGUUUGAAGUUUGAUAUAGCUUUCUACUUUGUAACCACAGGUCAUCAAUAAACCAUCGUAUGAGGCUGCCGCCGGUUACAGGAAUGGGAUAUAUCCGCACAUGCUAUUAUAUUGAAUCUACCUACAAUUGCAGUUAUUGCACAGAUCUAUAGAACUGGUUAUGGCUUUGGAUGAGGGCAAAGUUGAGCAGUAUUACGUUGGGGUAAUAGUAGUCCUGGGGAUCGCUAUCCUGGCCGUGCUGCAAUGGGUGUUUAAAGGACUAGUCAAGAACCAGAAGCCUCAUCAGUACUAGUACAACAUCGUCAUAAAGAAGACGGCUUACAUAGUGUUGACGAAAACUUGAUUUUUUCAAUGAUAACGCGAUCACGCUCCAGAAAAAGUUAUGGCUCAAGAGCGCCCAUUAGGACCAAUAUUCGAGGAUCCAGACGAGCACAGAAGUGACCAAACAAAAUCCAAAAAGUCUCGUUCGAGGGAUAACAGUUUCUCGGAAGACGAUGACAGUAUUGGAUUACCGGCAUUUCAGUCUGCGAAGCCCAAUAAGAUCACUUUCCCCAAAUCAUCCUUCAAUAACUUCAUUCACUACACCAAUAAACCCAAUGAGAACGCGGAUGCAGAUACAAACCCCGCUGAGCGUGAUGCCCCCUCCAUGACCUUCUCCCAGAAGAACACGGUGUCUAUACCGACCGCUGAUUUACUGGGCGACUUGGACAACACACCGAAUCCUUUCUCGACAAAGCCUAACCCAGCGUUAAAUUUUCCCUUAAAGCCAUCGAAUUUUGGUGUUCCAAAGCGUAUGACGCGCAUAGUCGACUUUCCUGCACAUGACCAGGAAAGUGACCCGGACAGUAUAGCGGAAGUUGGCGGACUGGAUAGCGAUAGUGCGGAAGAACUGCCACCCGAUUCGCUGUCACCACGAAGAAGUCCUUUGCGAGAAAACGCAGAGACUGAAGGUGUGAAUGAAACCCCGGACAAGAUUUCAGUAAAUGUUGCACUGGGACCAGACGAUCGUGCGAAUAUCCGACCGCCGGCUGAGCGUCCAGACAUGCCGUUUUCGAUCGAAAGCUGGCAGGAGAGAAGGUUCAGUUCGACGAUUACGAAAUCCCAAGUGGAGCAAUCACCGUCCGCGGCAGUUAAUCAUACCGGGCAGCCUUUGUCUCAGUACGAGACUUCACAGUUGGAAGUGGAAAUUGUGCACUUGCAGACCGCCUUGGCAGCCGCCAAUGCCGAAAUCGAGGAUCUCGUUAAAGCCGUGCAUCAUAAAGACCAGAACGUUAUCGAAGCGCAGGAAACUAUCAAAAGGUUGGCAGGAGGAGUAGACCGACGGGAGUCUUUCGAAAGGGGACAGCGCGUAGAACGAACCAUGGGACGUUUAAAAGAACUAGAAGACGAAAAUGAACAGUUGAAAACGGAUAAACAAAAACACCAGCAGGAGAACGCUGCCUUCAGAGAAAUUUUGCAUGAUAUUGAAAAAAUUCUGGGAAUGGAUACUGUUCCCGCCGAUGAUCAGGAGCUGUUAAUCCAUAUGAAGGCGCGGAUUAACAACCUCGUAGAAACCGAAAGAAAAACUUCGGCAAAGCAGCUGAAUAAAGCGGACAACAUGGAAGACUGGGACAUUUUUCAACACGAAGCCAGCAGCCUUCGAAGAGCUUUGUCCAUAAAAGAUGAACAAUCGGCGCAAAACGAAAAACGUAGGAUUCAACUGGAAGAACAGAGAAAAAAAAUGGAAAGCGAGUUGGUAGACUUGCAAACCAAAACCAAACAGCAAGAGGAACUGAACCAUUUGGUUGCGGCAGAAGCCCGAACAUUAUCUGACGAACUCAAGCACGCUCAUGCUGUGAUUGAGCGCAAAGAUGCUGUAAUAAUGGAAAUGGGUCACCAUAAUUAUGAAAAUUUGAAUGGGAAUGAACUCCAUCAUAAUUCCUUCGACAGUGUGCUAGAACAGAAUGCAAAUUACACGGCCCUGCUGAUCGAAAACACGGACCUCAAGGCAAAAUUGACCGCUGUUUCGCAGCAGCUAAAAGAUUCCGGUCGAACGGAUGCGGAUUUUCCAUACGAACCUUCGACCUCUGUUCAGCCAGCGUCAGGAAGGCUACAUAGCCACCGUCCUGACCUUGUUUCAGACAAGCAACAGCUCGAGCAUCGGAAUGGUACACGGAGUGCUCGGCGGGAACUUCGGAUCGUAAACGCUGCAUUGGCACAAGUGGUAUCGUCAGCAAACACUGCUAUCAACCAUCUCAAGGCCGAGAAUUCGAGUCUCUUUGCUCGCAUUGGAGAGUUGGAACGCACAGACUCACAACAUCGUCAAGAGAUUUCCGAUAAAAAACAACAUAUUGAUCAGCUUCUUGUGGAGCUUAGCACAGCUCGUGCCGCCCUACAGUCGUCCAACCAAAUGCACAUUCGGCAAGACUUAGCGCGCCAAAGGUCAUCGAUCGAGCAAGAAUGGAGCGUAGGUACAGGUCUUCCACUCAAAGAUAGCAUUUUCGGAGAAUUUAGCGCUAUCAUUAAAGAAAUUUCAGCGGAACGACUUCAAUUACUCCAGUCGGUAUUAUCACAGCAAAGGUCAACCGAUAACCUUGCCGAAGUUCAACAUGAUGUCCGUCACCUACAGAACAAAUUCGAUUCAAACGUUAACCAGAUACAAAGUGGACAGGAUAAACUUUUGACCUUAUUGCAACAGUACAUAGUGAAAAGCAAAUCUGAUGACGCCAGAAUUAUUUCCGAUUACCACGAUCAUAUAAUAUCAUUACAAAAGAUCGUCACCGAGAAAGAUAUGGAAAUCCAAAAUAUGAACGAUUCCUUGAUGCAGUACAAGCAAAAUUCUGAAGCAAGCUGUGAAACUGGAAAGCGCCCAGAAAUUGGAGAUCCAGUAACCACAAGGCCAAAAGGUCACGAUUUUCAGAGUACCAAGAAAAGCACUACAGCAAGAUACCACUCGUAUAAUGACUGGGAAACUGAUUUGCCGGAAGGUCAUGCCGUAUUAAUGCAGGCGGCUGACUUAAGCGGUUCAGCUGUUACAAAGGAGAACAACAAAACCAGCUCAGAUCGGCACAUUCACAUGCAACAAAAUAACGUUUCGGGGACGCUUUUAUCGGCGUUUUCAGAAACCCUAGAACGGCCAUUUUUUCCGCAUGGAUCUCCAGAGCUGGAUGUGAGUUACAUACAUUAUUCCAAAAAAAAUUUGAACACGCGGACAACCAAUCAGCCAGAUGCAAAUCAGGUGGAAUUAUAUAAAAGAAAUUUCAUGUCGAAAUUUGAAAAUAUCGAACCGGAGAAGAAAUUCGAACCAUCUGACUCCAAGGAACAAAAUAUGGAUAAGUGGAUGCCUAAGAUUCCUCUCCACUACAUUAAACUUGAGCUUCCCAGAGUGGAUUACGCGAGUAUUCGUCAACGCAGCGUGAUGCAACUUGAACAGCUCAAACAUCUCUCCGACCGCAUCGAAAAAGCUAAUAGCCGCUAUGCCAGUUAUUUGCCAAAGAAAGCUCAAACAAUGCUAUGAUUGUGACCGCUCUUUGGGAUCGUGUACAAUGUACAUAUAAUUAUUGCUUUUUACUGUUUCCACAAAUUAGUGCGAUUUGGACCGUGAUACCGGUGACCGGUGUGUAAUACGAGAUCUUUCGUAUAUCUUUCUGAUUUUUGCUUUUAUUUUGUGUGCGCAGCACACAAUCUAUUUCUGCUUUUUUUUGUGAGCAGCAACAUCUGUCGCGUAUUAUACACGUGCCUAGUCACAUCCAAUAGCAAUUUUGUAUAGUUUGAUUAAUCGCUUGAAUUUACUAAAACCGACUGUGCUAAAACGGCAUGCCGCAUACAUAGAAAACGUUUUUUCUCGCAAACGACUUGUGUUUCUAAAAUUCGCUUGUUCUGCCUCCGGUAUACGGUCAAAUGCGCGUACAACUGUAUUUCAUGUCAUACUUCUAACCACCACAAUAAGACGAUGCAAUGUCGAUAGUUCG